GAUGGGGACAAAGUUCCUAAGUGCCUCCCCACUCACAACAGCAGUCCUGGGUACAACUGGCACUCCUGCAUCUAGAAAAUGCCCAUAAUUCCAUUGUCACAUCUACAAGCUGAGGGAGCAGAGGACCCAGACUCAAUGCUUAACCAGCUCCAGGGACAUACACAUGCGCUCCAGAAGUAACAGCACAGAAAGUCCAACCAAAUCCAAACAGUGCCAGCAAAAGAUAAGAGGCCACCAUAAGGAAGAUACUCCUUAUGCUGGGAGAGUAAACAUGAAAAGGGGACAAAAGGAGAAAGAAACCUGCACCAUCCAAAGAAGCCCUGAAUCUGAGAAAAAACAAAAAAGAUAUUCCAGGAAAGGAGAGGACCUCUCUCGAGAUGACCUGCUAUUUCUUCUUAGUGUGCUUGAGGGUGAAUUACAGGCUCAAGAUGAAGUCAUAGGAGUUCUUAAGGCUGAAAAAAUUGACCUGGCUUUGCUUGAAGCACAAUAUGGCUUUGUUACUCCAAAAAAGGUAUUAGAGGCGCUCCAGCGAGAUGCUAUUCAAACCAAGGCUGCACAAUGGCAAGAGGAUAUAUAUGAAAAGCCGAUGGGAGAGCUUGACAAACUUGUUGAGAAACAGAAAGAAACUCAUAAACGAAUGCUGGAGCAGCUUUUAAUGGCAGAAAAAUCACACAGACAGACUCUGUAUGAGCUAGAGGAUGAGAAAAGGAAGCAUACAGAGUAUAUGGAAAAAAGUGAUGAAUUUACAAAUUUACUGGAACAAGAACGAGAAAGAUUGAAAAAGCUGAUUGACCAAGAAACAGCGUAUCAGGCAAAAAAAGAGAAGGAAAACAACAAGAAAAUAACCAAAUUGAAAGAAGAACUGACAAAACUGAAAUCAUUUGCUUUAAUGGUGGUGGAUGAACAGCAAAGACUUACAGAACAGUUGAACCAACAAAGUCAAAAAAUCCAAGAGCUCAUCAUUACUGCAGAGCAAGUACACGAGAAACUCACCAUUGCGGAAGCAAAAGCAGAAGAAGAGAAGCAGAAAGCCAUCAGGCUGGAAGCAGAAUUGCAAGCGCAAACCAAUAAGAUUUCCCAAGAACAAGAAACAAUGAUGGCCAAACUAACCAAUGAGGACAGCCAGAAUCGCCAGCUCAGGAUAAAAUUAACAGCACUCACGCGACAAAUUGAUGAAUUAGAGGAGACUAAUAAAUCUUUACGAAAAGCAGAGGAAGAACUGCAAGACAUAAGGGAAAAAAUAAAUAAAGGAGAAUGUGGAAAUUCCACCCUUAUGUCUGAAGUAGAAGAAUUACGGAAACGUGUCCUGGAAAUGGAAGGUAAAGAUGAAGAGCUCAUAAAAAUAGAAGAUCAGUGUAGAGAGCUUAAUAAAAAAUUAGAAAAAGAAGCAGCACAAAACAAGAACUUUAAAGCAGAAGUUGACAAACUCAACAAAAGAAUUAUGGAGCUGGAGAAAUUAGAAGAUGCUUUCAAUAAGAGCAAACAAGAAUGUUAUGCUCUGAAAUGCAAUCUCGAAAAAGAAAAAAUGUUAACAAAGCAAUUGUCUCUGGAGUUGGAAGGCUUAAAAGCUAGAAUUGGAGAGCUUGAAGCCACUGAAAUCAAGUUAGAAAAAACAGAAUUCACACUCAAGGAAGAUUUAACUAAACUGAAAACAUUAACGGUCAUGCUUGUGGAUGAAAGAAAGACAAUGAGUGGAAAAAUAAAGCAAACAGAAGAAAAGUUACAAUCUGCAACUUCCCAGCUUCAGGUGGAGCAAAAGAAAGUGAUGUCAGUUACAGAAAAACUAAUUGAGGAAAGUAAAAAGGCACUGAAAUCAAAAUCUGAUGCAGAGGAAAAAAUGUCCAGUGUAACAAAGGAACGAGAUGAACUGAAAAACAAACUUAAAGCAGAGGAAGAGAAAGGAAAUGAUCUCUUUUCCAAGGUAAAUAUUCUAAGGAAAAGGCUUCAGUCACUAGAAGCCACUGAAAAAGAGUUUCUUAAAAAUAAACUCAAAGAGACAACUAAAUCAAGCACAUCCUUACAGCAGGAGAACAACAAGAUUAAAGAACUUGCUCAAGAAGUUGAGAGGCUGAAAAAUAAGCUGAAAGAAAUGAAGGCCAUAGAGGAUGAUCUCAUGAAAACUGAAGAUGAGUUUGAGUCUCUAGAGCGAAGAUACAUCAAUGAACGAGACAAAGCUACAUUUCUAUCAGAAGAACUGGAGGGUGUGAAAAUGGAACUGGCUAAGUAUAAAUUAGUAGAGAAGGCCGAGUCCAACCAAGAACAGUGGCUUUUCAAAAAACUUAAAGAAGAAGAAGCAAAGUCAGGGCACCUGUCUAGAGAGGUAGAUGCAUUGAAAGAGAAAAUUCACGAGUACAUGGCAACAGAAGACCUAAUAUGUCAUCUACGGGGUGAUCAUAUGGUCCUUCAGAAGAAAUUCACCCAGCAAGAAAAGAAAAACAGAGAGUUAGCAAGAGAAAUUGAUAGCCUUACCAAAGAAUUAGAGAGAUACAGACGUUUCAGUAAGAGCCUUAGACCGAGUCUUAAUGGAAGGAGAAUUUCUGACUUGCAGGUUCUCUCUAAAGAAGUCCAGACAGAUCCAGCAGACAAUGAACCACCUGAUUACAAGAGCCUUGUUCCUUUAGAACGAGCAGUCAUAAAUGGGCAAUUGUACGAAGAGAGUGAUAAUGAAGACGAAAACAAUGAUGAGGAGCAAACAGUGUCUUUCAAAUGCAAUUCAUCCAUUGCAAAUGCAGUAAACAAAAAGUUAUGGAUCCCAUGGAUGAAGUCCAAAGAAAGCCAUUCUCAAAAUGGAAAAAUUCAUGACAAACAGAAUGGAAAUUGUGCACAGCCACGAGACUUAGUUCUAAGUCAUACACCUGGUCAACCUCUUCAUAUAAAGGUUACACCAGACCAUGGACAAAACACAGCUACCCUUGAAAUAACAAGCCCUACUACAGACAGUCCUCACUCUUACACUAGUACAGCAGUUAUACCCAACUGUGGCACACCAAAGCAAAGAAUAACCAUUAUUCAAAAUACUUCUUUAACGCCUUUAAAAUCAAAAAUAGCUGACGGUUACAUGAGUCCAGAGCAAGCCAUGCCACCUAUCACAUUGGCUACUUUUGCAAGAUCUCAAACUCCUGAAUCAUGUGGCUCAAUAACUCCAGAAAGGACAAUGUCUCCGUUGGCUCUGACAGGUUCUUCAAGUUCUCCAGAACAAAUGCUUUCUCCAGAGCCUUUGGAAAUAGGUGCCAAGCAUACUCUUUUUAGAGUAUCCCCAGACAGGCAAUCAUCAUGGCACUUUCAAAGAUCUAACAGCACUGGUUCAAGUGUAAUAACUACUGAGGAUAAUAAAAUCCAUAUUCAUUUAGGAAGUCCUUAUGUUCAGGCUCUUGCUAAUUCAGCAAAACCUUGUACUCCAGUUCAGGAUAACAGAACUCCAGCACUAACUAAUGGAACACCCAGUAAGCCUACUAGUAAAAUCACAAGCAGUAUCACAAUCACACCAACAGCCACUCCUCUCCCACGGCAAUCACAAAUUACAGUAAGUAAUGUCUAUAACUGAUCCCCAUCCAUGCUGACUCCCUUACCAACAACCCAUCUUAUUUUUCAUCCCAGCAAGAAUAAUUUGGAACACCCCCUUUAUUUUGGGAGAGAUCUGUGCAUGAACUGUACAAUGCUAUUUGGGACUAACGUUAAGUUUUGCCUGCUUAGUCAUAUCAAGUGUGCACUUACUGUAUAUCUUUUCACUGAAAUAUCUUUAUGUAAAAUAUUUAGUCUUCCACUUGUAUAAAUGCAUCUUUAUGUAUUUCCAUUUUCCAUAACUCACAUUAUUUUUGACUGCAAGGUGUAUUGGUGAAAUAUUUUAACAUUACAAAACAGUAAAUAAUUGGUUGUUUUUACCAUUGCUUGCAGAAUUAUUUGUUCUUUUGGUGUGUGGGUGUGUGCGCGCAUUUUGUAUUUUUGCAUGUAUGACAGACUUUUAUUUUAAUCCCUGAAAUGCCUGCUAAAUACAGAUAAGAAUGGUUCCAUUACCUUCCUUCUAUUCUCCAAUGUUUCCUAGCCUUAUUACUCAAAUUGUUAUUUUUAGAUCAA